UUGCCUCCUGGUAUACCUGUAGUCUGUAAAAUGAUUUCCUCUGAAACUUACUUAGGUUAGAGAAACAAAUUAGCUGAAGGUCUCAGGCCCUUCUUUCUAAUAAGGUUAACCUGCUUGCACUACUAAAUAUGGCUUUAUAACACACACACACUCACACACACACACACACCCUUGACCACCAAAGACUGCCUCUUCCUGAAAUCCCCCGUUCAUAUAAAUACAGGAAGUAGAAAUAAGAGAGGCUAAAAUCGGAUCUUCUUGGUAGUUUGCUUUCAUUUCAGUGCUUGUUUAGUCCUCUGCCCUUUGAUACUACUGAGCCUGAAGCUGGUUUUAAACAUCUUCCCCCUCAUGCCCUUGAAAUACCAUCUCAGUACAAAACCUGAGGAUGUGGAAGUUCUGCUCAGCGAUGGGAAGGAAUUGCUUUUCUGACCGAGGAACUCUCAAGCCACUGUGAUACAGAAAGUGACUUAAAGUUUGCUGUGAUGAUGAAAACAUCAGCUGGAGAGAAGGGAGCCAGGGAUGACUCAGGCCCUGUCAGAGAUGCCAGUGAAGAGGGGAAGGAGAUACAUCUCUGUCAGGCCAGUGCUGUGCGAAAUUGCCUCCAGCUUCCAGGGAUCAGCAUCCUUGACAAACUCAUCAAGACCUGUCCUGUCUGGCUGCAGCUGAACAUGAGCCAGGAAAGGGCUGGGGCGAUCCUUGGCAAAGAAACAGCAGGGAUAUUCUUAGUUAGGAAAGAGGGUAAUGUGAGCAACAUGGUCCUUGCAGUCCGCCUGCCAGUGCAGAACGAGGCUCCUGGUGUGCUGGAGUACAACAUUAAAGAAGAAAAAUCAAUCCUGUACCUGGAAGGAUCUGUCCUUGUAUUUGAGGAUGUUUUCAAAUUGGUUGCCUUCUACUGUGUCAGCAGGGAUUUGCUGCCAUUUACCCUGAAGCUGCCACAAGCAAUAUUAGAAGCCAGUAGCUUUCAAGACCUUGAAAUUAUCUCUAGUCUGGGGAUAGAUUUCUGGGAUUCCUACUUAAACCACAGGAGACAGGACUUAUCCCACCCUGCAAAAGACUCUGCUUUCAGCACUGCCCAGGGAGACAGUUUAAGACCUACCCAGUGUUUUGCAAGUAGCACAAACCACUGCUCAUGUGAAAUUGAGCUGUCAAUAGGAAAUGACAGGCUGUGGUUUGUGAAUCCUAUUUUUAUAGAAGAGUACAGUAAUCCUUGUCCUCCAGAUGUAUCUUCUCCCAAAGGCCACUCUGGGAGCACUGAACUCCCCCCUGCCACCAUGCUUACUGAAAAGAGGUCUCCUCGACGUCCUCCUCCCCCUCCACCCUCUCAUGGGCUCAUUCAGAAACCUUCCCUGAAGCUCCCACAGGACCCCACGACUGCCUGUGAAGAAAACAAGCUACUUAUUAAGCCACUAGGAAAGGGCUUCGAGGAAAUGAAAACGGAGGGUGGUGAUGAUAAAGAAGAAAGGAAGCAGAGCUGCCCCAGGAAGGGCUCCCAGCCCUCUGCUCCCCCGCGGAGGCGGCCCAGUGACAGGACCUCAGAGGAGAGCUCUGUGGGUAACCCUGAAAAUUGUGAAACGCUGAAAGGGGAAGGGACAGAAGAAAACCAAGAUACAAGUGCAGAGAGCGGAGAUAAAACACUGCUGUGCAAAAAGGCUGUAGAGAUACCUGGGGAGGUUCCCAAAAAGGCUGCAUCACAGUUUCAGGAGACAAAGCCUGAACCUGCAGAGAAGGAGGAGGACAUGCCUAAGAUACAAAGCAAUGCCACUGAGAUAGGAAAGUCACCUCCUAUCCCACCGCCGAGAAGGAAGAGAAUUUCCCAGGUACCGAGGACCCCCAGCUCCUGCCAGCCAAAGCAAAGAACAGCGGGAGAGACGGCCGUGCCCACAGGGCAGGCUGUGUGGAAGGGCAGCCCAGCCACAGGGACGGGUGCUGCCACUUGCACACACACCAAGACUGAGACGGGACAUGGCCACAAAUCUGUCAGCUCAGCUGAACUGGAAGGGUCACACUUGUCCCUGGAGGACCUGGGAGGCAACACUGUGGCUCAAGCAUCAACAUCUGAGCCAGACUCCUACUCCACCAGCAGCACAGAGGAUGACCUGGAGAUGCUGAGUAGCUCAUCUGGUAAAAAGACACGCUCCGUGAUCUUGGCCAAGGCCAAAAACAGGCUGUCCUUGGCAAACCUGUCCAAUGUCUUCACAGUCUUUUUGUCUAGUGACAGGAAGCUGCAGAAGAAGAUAGUGGAGCUGGCACAGGACAAGGAGUCCUACUUUGGCAACCUGGUGCGGGACUACAGAGUGUACAGUUUGGAGAUGAUGGCAAAGCAGAGCUCCAGCACAGAGAUGCUACAAGAGAUCCGGCUGAUGAUGACUCAGCUGAAGAGUUACUUAGUGCAGAGCACUGAGCUGAAAUCCCUGACAGACCCAGCCUCCUACACCGAGGAACAGUUAGAAGUCAUUGCUGAGACAGCUUUGUACAAAUGUGUCCUGAAGCCUUUAAAGGAAGCCAUUAAUUCUUCCUUAAAAGAAAUACACAGCAAAGAUGGAUCUUUACAGCAGCUGAAAGAGAACCAACUUGUCAUACAAAACACAACUACCACUGACCUGGGUGUCACAACCAGUGUGCCUGAAACUGCUGUGCUGGAAAAGAUCCUUCACAAGUUCACAACCAUGCACAAGACCUACUCUCCAGAAAAGAAAAUUGCCAUCUUGCUGAAGACCUGCAAACUCAUCUAUGACUCCAUGGCUCAGGGAAAUCCAGGGAAGCCCUAUGGUGCAGAUGACUUCCUCCCUGUGCUCAUGUAUGUGCUGGCCCGCAGCAACUUGACUGAAGUCCUUCUGAAUGUGGAGUAUAUGAUGGAGCUCAUGGACCCUGCUCUGCAGCUGGGAGAAGGCUCCUAUUAUUUAACCACCACCUACGGGGUCCUGGAGCAUAUCAAGAACUAUGACAAAAUCACUGUGACACGGCAGCUGAGCGUGGAGGUUCAGGACUCCAUCCACCGCUGGGAGCGACGGAGAACGCUGAACAAGGCCCGGGCUUCCCGCUCCUCAGUGCAGGAUUUCAUCUGUAUCUCCUUUCUGGAAAUCAGUGGUCAAUCGAGGACACUUGCUUCCCGUCGCGAUACCACAGCUGAGCAGCUGAGCCAGCAGUGUGCUGAGAAGUUUGAAGUGUCCCAACCCAAGGACUAUGGACUCUUUGUUUAUGUUGAUGACCAGUGGCUGCAGCUGGACAAAGAUGCCCUUCCACACCAUAUCAAAGCCUCCCUUCUGAAGAGCGAAACCAAGAAAGAUUUCCAUUUUAUUUAUAAACCAAUUGACCACAAAACCCCAGCAGUUGCAAUUGUCAAAGAGUCAGACUUUUCCUAAGGGCCAUGCUGCUUUUUUUCUGUCUUUGCUGUCAUCCUGGAAGAGCUGGAUAGUUUACCUUGUAAGAUCCUCUGGUAUCUGCAGACCUUGGAAGUUCACUGGAGUGUGGUCUUCAACAGAGGGCAGAUGGGCUAAUGGUAGAUGGUGUCUGAACACACGGCAUUUCUUGGUAGAGGUCAUUUGCAGAAGUAAAAGGAGCAUUCAGGAGAACACUCAUCCUCUGGAAAACUUGAAGUAUCAAGCCUCAGAACCUCUCAGCUGCAACCAGCCAAUGCUGCAGUAUGUAAAUGAACAGAAGAGAAAAUCCAGAGAUCUUGCAAAAAGGUGGACAUUUACUUUAUAAUAAAUGAUGUCAGGUGUGAAUCACAUCUGUGCACAAGGCCUUUGAAAGGCCUGCAUGCACCUCAAACUAUUUGGAGGUAAGACUGUGUUUGUGCUUUAUGAUAUCUGUUCACCCAGUUUGAAUAAACUGGCUCUUGUCUGAUGUAUUCAGUGGCAUAGGGUUGCCACCUGUAGCAGAGCUCCAUCUCUGUCUUGCUGUCAACAACAUGUCUUUGCCUUUGAAAUCCACAUAAUUACAAACAGUGCAUGACCUGUACUUUCACUAAGAAUAUAUUUUUUGCCUUCUAUCUGUCACUCAAACCAGGUAGCAUAGGCAUUUUCAUCAAUGUAUUUUUCCUAAAGAUUCAAAGUCUUCACCAUCAGUUUUACAUGUACAGCAGUUUUAUUCACAUUGGUUGUUUCUCAGUGUCUGGUUAAUUGUAUAUUUAUUUUAAUGUGUGAUACGGUGCAAUUAUUUUAAAAUAAGCCUUUGUAAAGAACUUAAUAAUUUGCCCAGUGUAUCAAACCAGAUUAAAAUUUGAAAGUCAAAAGGAAUUAGAAUUAAAUACCAAUCCCUUUUUACAUGGAUGUCAUUUUCACAAGUGUUAUCCUAGCUGUAAUUCCCACCAGGUUAUUACUUUAAUAAA